AUGCCCAGCAGGACCGGCCGCAAGAUGGACGGGAGCGGAGGCCGCGGCCGCCUGAAGGCGCACUACAGCGGGGACAUCCUGAUCACCAGCCUGGACUCCGCCACCACCUUUGACAAGCUCUGUGAGGAGGUGCGGGAGAUGUGCCACUUCCACCAGGGCCACCCGCUCACCCUCAAGUGGGUGGACAGUGAAGGUGACCCCUGCACUGUGUCCUCCCAGAUGGAGCUGGAGGAGGCCUUCCGCCUGUCCUGUCAGCGCAAGGACGAAGGGCUCAUCCUUCACGUUUUCCCCAGCAUCCCCGAGGAGCCAGGCAUGCCCUGUCCGGGAGAAGACAGAAUUACUUCUCCAUUGAAUGCGGUUUUAGUGAGCAGGCAAAUCCAGGCGCUUGCCUCCCACCAUGGAAUCUGGAGGGGAGAGAGCCUUCCAGUUCAGAACCAGUACAGGUAGGAGAUAGGCCUGGGGCCUGUGCUGGGCCAGUUGAGAAAAUCCUCCCUGGCUGUGGACGCAUCAGGAGUGAAGAUGGUUCUUCGCAGCCACGAUGAAGAGUUGCUCUGGUUCCAACCCGCUGAUUCUAUCUAUGAGCCUGAACUUAUAGUUUCCUGUUGAUUU